AUUUUCUAAGCAUAUUAAACAAUUCUUUAAAAUUGUUAUUAAAUAAUAUAUAACAGUGUGUACUGUUAUUGAGACGUAAAAGGUAAACUCUAUUCAAAGGAAUAGAUGCAAUGGAGAAUAACAACGAAGAAUUACAAGAAAGAACAAGUAAAAAACAGAAAACUGAUCGAGAAGAAAACGAAGAGGAUUCUGACGGCUCAGUACAAGCGGAGUUCUUCUUCAAUGAUCCUACGGAAAAAGAUCGAGAUGGCAUACUAACUAUAAUACAAGGGUGCCUCAAGAAAGUGCCAUGGGAACCACCUAGCGGUAGUAACGAUUCCACAUACGGAAUACUAGCAACGUUGAUCACAGAACAAAGUAAUCUAGGGACAGUUGUCAAAUCUGAUGAUAAAGAUGAUCCAUACGUACUCUCGGUGCUCUCCAUACUCAACCUCAAGCAGUAUCAACAACUGGAGUCACUGGGACAAAGCUUCAUCGCAAUGGCAAAACAAGUAGGAUCAGAAAAUGAUAUACAAACUAUGCAAAAACUAAUUACAGGAGAAAGAAGCCAAAUCGGCUUUCUAAUCAAUGAGAGAAUGGGCAACAUACCAAUACAACUCAUUGGGAACCUACAUAAAUGCGUUUAUGAUGACUUACAAUGGUCACUGGAAAAUACAAUUGACGACAAUGAAAGGAAAUACUACCACUUUACGCACCUGAUGGGAAUAGCACGGGUGUAUACCGAAAAUCCAACAAUGAUGACAAAAGAAAACACUGUUUACGUAAAACCAGAAGAACGAUUCUACUGCGAAGAAUCUAUACUUGAUUUAGUAUGGCACACAGGAGAAUCAAAUAAAGUAGACUUCUACGGAAAAGACAACAAUACUAAACCCAUAAAGUCGAAAGUAAUACCGGAAGCCAUGGUGUUAUACUGUCUACCAAUCAAGAAGUUCAAGUUUGUUGUACAGAAAAUUGCAAAAACUUUUGUCGAUGUCUAGGAACGAUUCCAAUGUUAAAUGCUACAAAUAUUAACCAAAUAAGCAAUAAUCCCGCAAAUAAUUAUUAAUU